AUGCACGCCACCUACUUGCAAAGGGUUACCCAGCAUUUUCGUGAAGACAAAGGGAAAGAGUUUAACAUAGAGGCAGAGGUCAGCUAUGCAAGUCAGGCCACGGAUGUGCGCCAUCUUGUACCGUUGACAAAAGCGGAUGUCCAGCACUUUUCGAGUUUUUUCCCACCGGUGAAAAGCAAAGAUGAUCUUGAGACACUCCCCGCGAAGCUGAAAGGGAACGAGGAGCUUGGGUUCUCACCCUUGUUUGAUCCCUCUUUGAUUGAUGCGUGCUGCCAACGCGGCAUUUUCCCCCUGGCUGUUGAAAUCAGUGAAAACAUUUUUCUCUUUGCCCCAAAGCUGCACAUGGAGAGGGCUAUUUGCGCCCUUGUUGACGGCGCAGCACAGCGCAACACUAUAAGUGGUUUUCCCUUUUGUGAGGGUGACGAAGGCAUUUUCAAUAAAGAUUGUCUUGGGGUCUCACGUAAGCUCACAAAAACGCCAAACGAAAGCACUCAUCGUCCCUCUUUCGAGAUUUUCGUAAACCGGCAAGCAGACCUGGUCGACGUUUUUACGCUCAUAAGGAGGCAACAUGGUGAGAAUUGGCUAUGUGCGCCGUUACGAGUAUGUUUGCUUCACAUGUUUUUCAAUCCAACCAAGUACGCAACCAAAAUUAUCAUCACUGCUAUUCGUUACCGGAAAUACAACGAAAUGCCUAUCUUGGAGAGCUCACCCCUCAUUCAAGAGGGAGAACUCGUUGCAUGUGAAAUUGGUUAUCUAGUUGGAGACAUUUACGCUUCCGCAACCGGUGCAUACUGUAUCAGCGGCGGCGGGGCCCUGCAGCUGAGUUUAACUGGUGUUUGUAUGAAAUCCGCCGGGUGCCGCUUGUGGGAUUUGGGAAUGAUGAUGUCCUACAAGCGGUCCCUGCAAUGUGUUUCUUUACCGCGCAAAAAAUGGCAAAGUAUGGUCUCAGUGCGCCGCACAAACCCCAACGAGCAUAUCUUGCGCUAUUUGCACGAUUUGGAAAAAGGGCUGCCAGUGAGUGAUUUUUUCAAAACUGCUGUACCGCCUGCUAUCGCGGAUCUGAAUAGCAAGUCACAGCGCAAAAAACGACUGAAGAAAGAAGCUGCUAUUCAGCGGAAGGCAGAAAGAAUGAGGGAGUGA